ACUGAUUCCUCCUCUUCUCAUAGACUACCUGCCAGGCCAAGGUGUGCAGCAGGAGCACCAGCAUCAUCAGCACCAGCAGCAGCCGGCUAGUGCAGGGCAGAGGGCUCCCGGGAGGCACAGGGCAAGCUAGGGAUAGAUACAGAACAGGAUUACUCAGUGGUAAGGGAUGAGCUGAAUGACAGGGUUCUUGUGUAGUAUGCAGACAGAGGUGCAUGGCAUCCCAGUAAGUAAUGUCAGGGUGAGGGUGUAGAGCACAUCUGGCCUGGGACACAUGGCUCUUGUCCUCAAGGUGCCUGGCUCCCCUUGGCUUGCAGAGCCUGAAUUGCUUGGCGCUAAGGAAUAUCUUGUUAUUUCUGUCCUAUGAAAGAUUAAUAGCAGGAGAGAGGGAGACCCUGGAUGGGAGGAGUAAUAGUGGCAGAGAAAGGGAAAUAUUAGAAUAUCUUGUAUUUAUUCUCAGGGGGGGAGGAGGAGGAUAGGCAAAGCCAGGCUACUCACAGGGACAUUGGCAGAGACAAAAGCGGGCUCCUCGCAUUGGAGGGAGUGAGAGAGGACAGGAGGGAAGCUGCUGCUGCUGCUGCCCCCAGCCUGUAACCGCGGCAGAUUUAAAGCCCUGAGCCUGCCUGUGGUCUAGAGGGUCCCCAGCACCCCUCUGCCGCACCGCCACCAUGAUGAUGAUGUCCCUGAGCAGCAAGCAGCACUUCAGCAUGGCCCACGGCAGCCUGCAGGACGAGUCCAAGUACUCUGCCUCCCCGCACACCUCCUCUUCCCCGGCCAGCAGCUCCCCCAGUAUCACCAGCAUCGCCAGGAGCAGCUCCGGGGCAGGAGGCGGCUCGGAGGCUAUGAGAAGAGCCUGUCUCCCCACCCCACCGAGCAAUAUAUUCGGGGGUCUGGAUGAGAGCUUGCUGGCCCGAGCAGAAGCCCUGGCUGCUGUGGACAUCGUGUCUCAGUGCAAGAGCCAGCACCACCACCACCACCACCACACGCCCCACCACAGCCCCUUCAAGCCGGACGCUACCUACCACACCAUGAACACCAUCCCCUGCACCUCCGCCUCCUCCUCCUCCUCGGUGCCCAUCUCCCAUCCAUCCGGAGUGGCUGGCGGCCACCACCACCAUCACCUUCACCAUCACCACCACCAGCCCCUGGAAGGGGAACUCCUGGACCACAUCACCCCGGGGCUAACGCUAGGAGCCAUGACAGGACCAGAUGGCUCGGUGGUGUCCACUCCAGCUCACCCUCACAUGUCCAGUAUGAACCCCAUGCACCAGGCAGCGCUCAGCAUGGCCCAUGCCCACGGGCUGCCCUCCCACAUGGGCUGCAUGAGCGACGUGGACGCCGAUCCCAGGGACUUGGAAGCCUUUGCUGAGCGCUUCAAGCAGAGGAGGAUCAAGCUGGGGGUGACCCAGGCGGACGUGGGCUCUGCCCUGGCCAACCUGAAGAUCCCCGGGGUGGGCUCCCUCAGCCAGAGCACCAUCUGCAGGUUCGAGUCCCUCACCCUGUCCCACAACAACAUGAUCGCCCUGAAGCCCAUCCUGCAAGCCUGGCUGGAGGAGGCGGAAAAGUCCCACCGGGAGAAGCUCACCAAGCCCGAGCUCUUCAACGGUGCCGAGAAGAAGAGGAAGCGCACGUCCAUCGCAGCCCCGGAGAAGCGCUCCCUGGAGGCCUACUUCGCCAUCCAGCCCCGGCCCUCCUCCGAGAAGAUCGCGGCCAUCGCCGAGAAGCUGGACCUGAAAAAGAACGUGGUCCGGGUCUGGUUCUGCAACCAGAGGCAGAAGCAGAAAAGGAUGAAAUACUCUGCCGGGAUAUAGGCAGCUCUGGGGAUUGUACCGCUUUUUUCUAACGACAGAACACAUUUUAAAAGUUUUUUUUAAACCAUAUAAAUAUAUAUAUAUAGAUGUACAUAUACACCUCCAUCUGUGUGAGUGUGACACUGGCACUUGUCAGCAAGACUUACAGGGAUGAUCCUGGCUUCAUAAUGCCCCUGUGUCUUUGUCAGGAACACACAAACUAAUGUCAUGCUGACUCCAGGUCUGCUGUCAGUUUUGUAAUUGGACCAGGACUAAGCACAAGUAAGAAAUGUUUUUAUUAUUUGUCCGGUUAAAUUUACAACUAUUUUUAAGAGAAAUAAAGUUUGCGGGGAAAGAGACUAAAUGCUGGGGACUCGAUUCGGCAAAGUGUUGCCUCAGAUGUAUUUUGUUUCGUUCGAAGAUCGUUACAAUCGAAUCCAGCGGUUACUUGCUAUAUUAGAUAUAAAUAUAUAUAUAUACAUAUACAGUACAUAUAUUUUUAAUGUGAUGAGUAUAUUUGUCUCCUAUUGUGAUUAUGGGUCUAGAUAAAAUCACCCUGAUGUAUGUAUCACUCUUUUUUUAUUUAUGUUUUUUUUUUUUAUUAUUAUUAUUAUUAUUAUUAUUAUUAUUACUAUUUAUUUUUCAUUGAAUUGAUUGCUCGCAGAUGACAGUUUGGGUAUGUGUUGUUGCUGCUUUUUAUAAUACAUUUCACUAAUGUGACCCCUAGGUUGAAUGCACAGAAAAGACGCGAUAUAUAUAUAUAUAUAUAUAUAUAUAUAUAUAUAUAUAUAUUCUACCAAACCUUCAGCAUUUUACAUGCAAACAUCUGUAGAUUUCCGUAAAUAGAUCACAACCUCUGAUUUACAAUGACAAUAGUGACCAAUAGUAAGGAAGAGCAUCCCCUGCCCCGGGAAUUAUAUGUGGACCUUGAUACUUGAAUGAUCUUAGAAUUCCUUAAAUAUUUAAUGUGGAUCCCACAUUGCCAAACACAACACAUGCAGACAUGUAAGCAUAUACUUUUCUAUAUAAGUGACAAUUGUCUCGUUGUCAUAGACGGACGUGUAAAGGACUGAAGUCUGCAUAAUCCUGUCAAUGACAAUAUAAUCAUGAAGUUUUAUGGAAAUGGUGGGAGCUGCAUAGUUACAUCUUUAAGCACAAAUUCAAAGUAUUGGAAACCGGUAUACAAUCAAUAUGAAGUGUAAAUAUUUAAUUUAGUUUAACACUCUCAACACAUACAUAUAUAUAUAUAUAAAUAUAUUCUUACAGAUUUUUGCUGUUUUGCUGUUCUGAGAUUAUUUCAGUUUUUUAUGUCCCGUAAAAAGGUUGGAUUUAAUUGUUUUGCUAA